AUGAAGACCCAACCCAAGAAAAGCGUCACCCUUAACCCUAUUGUCGUAGGUAUUGAAAUCAUGAGCAUCUACGACUACACAAGCAGGGAAGUUUCCGCUUCUUGGUAUAACAACGACGACAUGUACAAGAUAACGAAUCGGUGCUUUAAAGUGAUAAGGAAAGUUGAAGUUGGAGAUUCCUUGAGAAUCAACAGGUACUGCACACGGGGCCUUGAGGGCUACUUCUCCGUAGCUUCAAUUUCCAAAACGAGGAACAGAUCAACAGCGUUUAUGGCAGUCAUGGCUGAACAAUCGAUGCAACGUAUUGGAAACAGCAUCGAUGAUCAAGCUAUUGCUGAUGCCUAUCGAAAUACUACUCGUAGCUGUCAUCUGUGGGCUAGAGUCGUUGGGAAGUGUGACGAAGAGGCUGCUCAAGUCAUCCAUCUUUAUCCAACUGAGCAGUCUGACGAUGUCGAUGAUUCCGAUGAUGAUUUGACUCGAACCACCGGUUUGGCAUCAGGUCUACCGCGUCCACCAAACCAACAGAUUGCAUGGAAGCUUGCAGGAAAAGAUCAGCUUCUCCGGGCAACCGUCGCGUAG